AUGAUGUCGCUGCGAAGUCUACAGACACUUCGUCGUGCGUCGCAAGUGGCUGUCCGGGCGUCCAACAAUUUCUUGGUAGAGAAACGCUCAUUAGCGCUACCAACACGUCUGUUCUCACAAGCGCACACUCCGACACAGAGCGUGGAUCCCGAGGAUAUUUUACGGCCUGACGUCCCCAAGGAUAUGAAGCUGCAACUUUCACUAGAGAAGGAGCUUCUGGGACUGCCUAAACUCAAGCCUGCAAGUCAAUUGAAACCUCCUCAGACGGAGAUCUCUGUGUUGUCUUCGGGACUGCGCGUAAUCUCACAAGAGACAUAUGGCCAAGCGGCUACUCUCGGCAUCUUUAUCGAUGCUGGUAGUCGCUUUGAAGAUGAAGAUAGUGUCGGUGUGAGCCACUUACUGGAACAUUUGGCCUUCAAGAGCACCACGUUGCGUUCUCAUGCACAAUUAGUGCGCGAGAUUGAGGACAUUGGCGCACUUACGACGUCGUCGUGUGGCCGUGAACAGAUCAUUUACACAAUUGAUCUGCUGCGUGACAAUGUAGAGAAAGGUUUGGAGCUUUUAGCUGAUGCUAUUCUCAAUGUGAAUCUAAUUCCUGAGGAAAUGGAGAGUAUUAAGGCGAUCAUGCGGAUCCAGUCGGAAGAUUUGAUGGAGAAUCAACCGGCUAUGCUGCAGGAAUUCAUCCAUGCUGCAGCUUAUGGCGCAGACACGUCACUUGGACGGCCGCUUCAAUGUCCGCUCGACAAGAUAAACGCACUGACAGUGGAGAAAGUCAAGAAGUUUCGUGCGGAACAUUUCGUCGCUCAGAAAAUGGUACUUGCUGGCUCUGGUGUUUAUCACGCUCUACUGGUCAAAUAUGCAGAAAAGUUCUUUGCAAAUGUAUCUGUAGCCCCCGCAAACGCGCCGACGGCAACACCUUCAAGCCCUGAAACUUUAGAGCCGGUAAUCUACAAGGGAGGCCUGUACCCGCUGCCAAACCCAGAGUCAGAGUUUUCAUAUGCCGCUCUGGCGUUUCCAACGGGCGGCUGGCAUGACGAAGACCUUGUGCCCAUCUGUGUGUUGCAUACGUUGCUUGGCGGCGGUGACAGUUUUUCUGCUGGUGGUCCAGGGAAAGGGAUGUAUUCGCGAUUGUACACCAGCGUUCUGAACCGCUUCUACUGGGUCGAGUCGGCUUUCGCGUUCUCGUCCAUACAUGCAGAUGUUGGGCUCCUGGGCAUUUAUGGUGCUUGUAUUCCUUCUCACACCAGCAACCUCGUGGCAUUGUUGUGCAAUCAAAUGCUCAGCGUCGCCAAUCGAUCUGUCGAUGCCAUUGAGCUAGCUCGAGCUAAGAACCAGCUUAAGUCAUCUGUGCUGAUGAACCUCGAAUCCCGUAUGAUCCUAUACGAAGACAUUGGACGUCAGCUACUUACGUAUGGGGAGCGUGAGACGCCCGAGUCUGUCUGUGCUAAGAUUGACCAGGUCAAGGCCGCAGAUAUCCAGCGAGUCGUGAAGGAGGCCAUGCAAAAUCCGCCUAGCCUCGUUUACUCGGGAGAUAUUCCCCAAUUUCCGCAGUACGAGCAGGUCGUUGCUGGAAUUAAGGAAGGAUUAAGCGGGUAA